AUGCCAAAGGCACUACACCACAAACGCUCCUCGAGUGCGGCCUCGCCGUACUCGAAGCCAGCCGCAAAAGCGCAAAGCAAUGCAAUCUUCAAGAUGAACACAGACAUAGGCCAGCACGUCCUAAAAAACCCUGGUGUCGCGCAAGCAAUCGUCGACAAAGCAGAUCUGAAACAAUCCGACAUCGUCCUUGAGGUCGGUCCAGGUUCUGGAAACUUGACCGUGCGCAUUCUCGAGAAAGCCAAAAAGUGUAUCGCAGUCGAACUCGAUCCUCGAAUGGCGGCCGAAGUCACGAAACGUGUACAAGGAACGCCGGCAGGGAAGAGAUUGGAUGUGGUGCUGGGGGAUGUGAUUAAGACCGACUUACCGUACUUUGAUGUUUGUAUAUCGAAUACGCCGUAUCAGAUCUCUAGUCCGUUAACUUUCAAACUUCUGGCGACUGCGCCUGCGCCACGUGUGUGUAUACUCAUGUUUCAGAGGGAGUUUGCGUUACGACUCUUCGCGAAACCAGGCGACAAGCUCUACUCCAGACUCUCAGUCAACGCGCAGAUGUGGGCAAAGAUCGACCACAUCAUGAAGGUGGGCAAGAAUAACUUCAAGCCGCCACCAGCAGUCGAGUCUAGUGUCGUUAGAAUGGUGCCGAAGAACCCACGACCGAACAUCAGCUAUGAAGAGUGGGAUGGGUUACUCAGAAUAUGCUUCGUUAGGAAGAACAAGAUGCUGCGCGCGAAUUUCUUAGGCACGACCAGCGUCCUGCAACUGCUAGAGACCAAUUACAGGACAUACUGUGCACAAAACGACAUUCCUCUAGACGAUGGUCCACUGGAGACAACUGAUGCCGCAGAUGCCCUCAUGAAAAUCGAGAACCACAACGGUGAGAAAGACGCAUGGAACGGCUUCAACGGUGAAGUAGACGACGACAACGACGACGAGAUAAUGGACCUAGAUGACGAAGAUGACGAUCUACCCGCCUUUUUCAAAGAGGAAUCGAAGCUCAAACUGCCAAAAGGCGCGAAUCGUAAAAAGAAGGGCAAAGUACAUGAGCUGGUACGGGAGAAGGUUCGCUCCAUACUGGAGGACAAGGCUCAGCUUGCGGACAAACGAGCUAGGAUGUGUGACGAAGGCGACUUUUUGAAGUUAUUGUAUCUGUUUAACCAGGAAGGGAUACACUUUACUUGA